AUGGCUGUAACAGAAGUUACGUACCUGGUUGUUGGUGGAGGAAUUGCCGGUGUAACUUGCGUGGAAACUUUAGCAAUUCUGCACCCUGAGGAGACACUUGCCAUUAUAACUGCUUCUUCUUUGGUAAAGAAUGUUAGCAAUGUGAGUUUCUUUGCUAAGACCAUUGUAAAGUUUGAUGUAAAUGAAACAGAAGCAAGCUCUUUGAUGAGAAUUCAUCCAAACCUUAAAAUUGUCUUUGAUUCUCUGAAACAUGUGGAUACACACAAUCAAAUUGCCUACACUUAUGCUGGUGAUGAAAUUAAAUAUAAAGUUAUGUGUAUUUGUACUGGUGGAGUACCUAAACUGAUAAGAGACUCUGAUAAAAGUAAGAGGAUACUUGGAAUCAGAGAUACUGAGUCAGUAAAAGAAUUUCAGGAAAAGCUAAAAACAGGCCGGAGGAUGGUUGUAGUUGGCAAUGGUGGUAUAGCAUCUGAGAUAGUACACGCUACAUCUGGCAUACAAAAAGUAUGGGUAAUUAGAGAUGACUACAUAUCAGCUACAUUUAUAGAUCCUGGAGCAGCAGAGUUCUUCCAAAACACAUUUAAAAAUAGAGAGUCACAGCCUAAUCAAAAGACUGUUAUCAGAAGACAUGUAUUUACUGAAGAAGAUCAAGUGGUUUCUUUAAAUAAAGAUCUUAAGUCUGCAGCAUUAGGGCCAGAUUGGUACAAAAAACUAGAAGGAAUUAAAGAUGACAAGGGUGUACAAGAACUUGAGAUUGUAUACAAAGUUGAGAUAAGUUCUGUUGAAGAGAAAAGUGAUAAAGAGUUUCCACUUGAAGUUGUGCUUUCAAAUGGUAGAAGUAUUGAGUGUGAUUUUGUUAUUUCUGCAACUGGUGUUGAACCUGCUGUAAACUUCUCAUGGGAUAAAGAACCUGUGAAAGGUCCAGAAGGUGGUUUGGCUGUAAAUGAGUUCCAAGAGACAUCAAUAAAGAAUGUUUUUGCUGCAGGUGAUGUUGCACAUGCAGCAUGGGAGCAUGCUGCUCAUUGGUUCCAGCUCAGGCUAUGGACUCAAGCUAGACAAAUGGGAGGAAUGGCUGCUAAAGCAAUGCAUGGUAGAGUUGUCAAUGAAGAAGUCUUGCAAGAUUUCUGCUUUGAACUAUUUACACACUGCACCACUUUAUUCGGAUAUCAGGUUAUUUUAUUAGGGAAGUAUAAUGCCCAAGGAUUAGGGAAUGAUUAUGAGAUAUUGCUUCGAAUGACUCCUAAUCAUGAAUAUAUUAAGCUAGUCCUACAAAAUGGAAAGAUGCAGGGAGCUAUUCUUAUUGGAGAAACAGACUUAGAAGAAAUGUGUGAGAAUUUAAUCCUAGACCAGUUGGAUUUGACACCUCUUGUAGAUGAUAUUUUGAAUCCAGAUAUUGAUAUUGACGACUAUUUUGAUUAA